GGCACCACUUUGAAAUUGAGUGUUUGGGUGCAUAAUGCAGCGCCAUAUCUUGUUUUUGACUAUAGAAACGUGCAUCAUCAUCACUAAAACCAUCCUGAUCACUAGGUCAUUGUUCAAUUCAUUUCCCAUGACCUACCAGCCAUCCACAACAACACCCCACCUCCCCCAAUUACAGGUGGCCCUCCGCCAACAGCGCCGCCAGCUUCGUAUGACUCAAAUCAUUCAAAUGUUUCGAAGGGGACCCCACAGCCACCAGUGGUCACAAAUGAAUGCCCUGGAGCUGGCUGCUUUGGCGAUCAAACUCGAACGACUCGUGUACCGAGGGCUUCCCGACAACAUCGGUCUCUUGUCCGACGACGCGCUCGAAGUGCGCAUGCGGCGAGUAAUCAACCUCAUUUUGAACGCGAGCAAGAAACCAAACUACCAUCCAACUACACCUUCGAACAGCCGAGCCAGCGUCAUGGCGGCAUAACCGACGUCGUCCUCCCUAUUUAUCGAAACUUAAUGCUAUGAAGAAACAAUACAUCGAUUUAGAGUGCUCA